AGACAGGCAUGCUUUGAUGCACAAAUUGAAACAAUCUUGUAAUUUGUUGGUAGGAUUUAAACUUUUAUCUCUGUCAAAAAAAAAAAAAAAAAUCAGUUGCGUUUAUUCCCUUUUUGUGUUUUAUAGCACAUAAAAAAAAAACUGGAUCAGUCAGAAUCUGCAGAACAUGUCUCUAAAAAUAGUCAAGCCAGCAAUAGUUCAUUUAGAUUUUGAUCUGGAGAUAAUCGCAGGUUCUCCAGAUAAAUAACAGAAGAAGAGAUAUAGACACCCAAUCUCUACCCCUGAAAGUCACGACAAACAAACAUUUUUGCAUUAACCUUAAAAAAUGUGACUAAAAUCUCCUGAGGAGGCUGAAAAAAUACCUGAAUUGUUUAUUAUUAUUAUUACUUUUUUCAUCAUGUGAAAUUAGUUUACCUCAAAGGGCUAAAUAACCCUAAAUGUAACAUUUCAUCUGUCAUGUUUCACUUUUAGAACUCACAUUUAACUCCUGUCGUGAAGCUGCCCUCUGUAUCAGACCCACUUGGGCCCAGAAACCCUCUGAGCUCAGCCUGGGUGAGGCCCCCCUCUCCCUCCUGCUCCCACAAAGGGGCCUCUCCUCUCUAAUGAAAUGGUCUCCAAAUGACCUGCCUUAGCCCUGCUGCUCCACUCAUUCACAGGGAAAACUCUGAUCUGAUGAAUGCUAGUCGGCGCAGUCUCACAGGAGCUACCACACAGACUACAGUUUUUUUUCUUUCUUCAGAAAACCUCAGCUUCAGCCUUAAAUCUGAAACACAACGAAAAGCUCUUUUUUUUUUUUUUUUUUUUUUAGUGCAUUGUUCUAUAUGUCAAUGACAGAUGACAGAAUUCCAGUAAAUUUGGCUUUUGUUAUCGUUUAAAGUUGCUGUAAUGACGACAAAGAACAUAAAGACUGUAGGUCAUCUGCAGACUGUGCUUUAGCUUGUUGGGGACAUUCUUGGCGGUCUGCUCUGUAAACAGAGGGCUUGUUUAGAGGGAGCCAGCCAUAAUGAUAAGGUUGCUUGAGGCUCUUUAGAUGAGCCCCCUCCUGACGCAGGCCCCAGGCUGUCGGUACCACAAGUAAAGCUUUGCUUAAGGAGCUUUUGGCUGACUAGAUGCAGGAGCUACCUGCCUGUUUAAGUGAUGUUUGCUGCAGACUGCAAGCAUGGGGGAAACGUUAGCCUGAGGAGAAGUUUUAUUCAGGAGAGAUCAGGUGUUACUGCGACGCUCCGCACUGCGUGGCCACCGGGUACAUGUGCAAAUCCGAACUGAACGCCUGCUUCACCAAGGUCCUGGACCCGCUCAAUGCCAACUCCCCGCUCACCCAUGGGUGUUUAGACCCCGUCUCCAACGCUGCGGAUGUCUGCAGCAGCAGCCAAAGGGCCGCGGACCUUCUCAGCGGGGCUCUGACGCUGGAGUGCUGCCACGAAGACAUGUGUAACUACAGGGGCCUGCACGACCUGGGGCACACCAGGGACUCGACGGAUAGCCGGUAUCAAGCCGACGGCAGCAACAGGAACCUGGUGACGCGGGUGCAAGAGCUGGCCUCGGCCAAGGAAGUGUGGUUCCGAGCAGCGGUGAUCGCCGUGCCCAUCGCCGGCGGCCUCAUCCUGGUGCUGCUCAUCAUGUUGGCGCUGCGGAUGCUGCGCAGCGAGAACAAGCGGCUGCAGGACCAGCGGCAGCAGAUGCUGUCGCGGCUCCACUACAGCUUCCACGGCCACCACACCAAGAAGGGCCACGUGGCCAAACUGGACCUGGAGUGCAUGGUGCCGGUGACGGGCCAUGAGAACUGCUGCCUGACCUGCGACAAGAUGAGGCAGGCCGACCUGGGCAAUGACAAGAUCAUGUCUCUGGUGCACUGGGGGAUGUACAGCGGCCACGGCAAGCUGGAGUUUGUGUGACUUCCUGCAGUCAUCCAGGACUGCUUCUCCACUGUUUUUUUUUGCCUUCAGAGGACAUUCCCGUGUUUUCCAAGCAUCGGUCUGCGAUUCUCCGUCUGAGCAGCGGUCGACACGAUGCAGGACUGAUCUCAUGCCGUGUGGUUUUUCUAGAGGAGCACUUUACUUGAAAAUGAAAAGGCAGAGCUGUAUUUAAACCUGGGAGCACAGAACUGAGGUGGAAAGAGAGCAUCACCACUGUUGCUCCCUGAGGAUCCUGGACUUUCUACACUGAAUGCUGAAGGAUUCCAAAACUUGUCUUAUUUGCACAUUUGUUUUAAAGAAAGAAUUGAAACAAGAAUUUUACACUGACACCAGGGUUCAAAACAGGACUGUUUGAGGAGAGAGUGCUUUGGGUUCUUUGACUGUAGGUGUGCACACUCCUCUGUGGAUGUUUCACGAUUCAAGCUUAUUGUAAAGAUUUAAAUAUAUCUAUAUAUUUUUGUCUGAGAAAACUGACCAGUGUUUGUCUACUUCAGAGUGAAUGUUCAACUUCUUUCUGUGAUCAGACUAAAAGCUUGUUUGUGUGUGUGUGUGUGUGUGUGUGUGUGUAAGAACUUCAAUUAAAGUGACUUUUUAUUUAAAGCCAGAUUCACUAUUAAAUUCUUGGUUUUUAACCAAACAGCUGUUCUCUGGCGCUGGUUCCACUGUCAGCUCACACCUGACCGUUUCUCUGGGUGCCACUGAGGAUUGGUUUCUGAAUGAUCAGGUCAUAAUGUGGCUGGAAAUGCUCUACGCCGUUUAAAACCUGCAUCUGGAUUUACUGAUGUUUUCCUGUUGAAACUCAAGUUUUCUUCUGUGAAGGUUCUGCUCUACGGUUGGACUCAGUAGACCCAUGACGGUCCAUCAAAUCAUACUUUGAUUUCUACUAAUUUGCGAAUGAUUUCCCUGAAUAAGAGGGGUAUGCCUUGCAAAAGCAUCUACAGCUUUUGCUUUGUUACAUCACAGGCACAUGCAUCACUAUAAUUUAUUGGGAUUUAUGGGAAACACCAACACAAAGUUGUGAAGUUAAAUGGGAAAAAUGAUCAAACAUUUUUUACUGUACAAAUAAAAACCUGAAAGGUGCGGCGUGCAUCUGUAUUCAGCCCCCCUUUGUCAAUUCUUUGUAGAAGCACCGUUUACUGCGAUUACAGAUGCAAAGAUUUUGGUUUGUUUGUUUUUUUCCACUGGCUUUGCACAUCAGGAGGCUGACAUUUUUUGCCUGCUUUUCUUUGCAGAAUGACUGAAGCUUAGUCAAGUUAGAUGGAGAGCGUUUAUUAACAGAAAUGUUACAUUCUUGUCAGAUGUUUUCUAUUGCAUUCGGUGCUGGAGUUUGACUGUACCUGUCAUUCAAUUGUAGCUCCGGCUGUAUGUCAGGGUUCUUGUCCUGCUGGAUAAGAUCCUUCAUCUUUUGCAGCCUCUAAGUGGCUUCUUCAAGGACUGCUCUGUAUUUAGCUCCAUCCAUCUUUCAUUUACUCUGACCAGCUUCAUUCUCCCUGCUAAAGAAAAGCAUUCCCACAGCAUGAUGCUACCACCACCAUGUUUCAUUGUGAGGUUGGUGUAUUCAGUCCAUUGUUCAUAUUCUGAAUGGCAAACAUUUGUACUGUUUAGGGGUAUCGGAGUAAAGGGUGGAUGAAUACUUUUAAAAUUUUACAUUUAAAAGCCAGAUGUAAUUUUCCUUCAACUUUGCAUUUGUGUUGGUAAAUGACAUAAACUUCCAACAGAGUACAUUCAGGUUUUUGGAUGUCACCUCAGUUCAAAGUUCAAAUGGUGUCAAUGUUUUUGCAGGUCACUACAUCCAGAGGUCAGUUUAAUCUUACUGACUAUUAGAUAAAUAAUUGUAUUAGAUACAGAGGAGAUUACUGUCACAUCUGUCAGCUGAUUAAGUUCAAUAAAAUGACAAAGAAGUGAAA